AUGACAAAUAAUAAUCAAAUUGAAAUUGAUCUUAAUCAACUUCGAGAUCCAUCAGGAAUAUUUGAAUUAAUUGAAGUUGUUGGAAAUGGAACAUAUGGACAAGUUUACAAGGGUCGUCAUACAAAAACAGGACAAUUAGCUGCUAUUAAAGUUAUGGAUGUUACACAAGAUGAAGAAGAAGAAAUCAAAUUAGAAGUUAAUGUUUUAAAAAAAUAUUCAAAUCAUCGAAAUAUAGCUAUGUAUUAUGGAGCAUUUAUUAAUAAAUCAAUUCCAGGAAGAAAUGAACAUGAUCAAUUAUGGUUGGUUAUGGAAUAUUGUGGUGCUGGAUCAAUAACUGAUUUAGUUAAAUCAACAAAAGGAAAUUCAUUAAAAGAAGAAUGGAUAUCUUAUAUUAGUAAAGAAAUUUUAAAUGGUUUAAGUCAUCUUCAUUUAAAUAAAAUAAUUCAUAGAGAUAUUAAAGGACAAAAUGUUUUAUUAACUGAAAAUGCUGAAGUAAAAUUAGUUGAUUUUGGUGUAUCAGCACAACUUGAUCGAACAAUUGGAAGAAGAAAUACUUUUAUUGGAACACCUUAUUGGAUGGCACCUGAAGUUAUUGCUUGUGAUGAGAAUCCUCAAGCAACAUAUGAUAAUAGAAGUGAUAUAUGGUCAUUAGGAAUAACAGCUAUUGAAAUGGCUGAAGGACAACCACCUUUAUGUGAAAUGCAUCCAAUGCGAGCACUUUUUUUAAUUCCAAGAAAUGUUGCCCCACGUUUAAAAUCUAAAUGGUCAAAAAAAUUUCAUAAUUUUGUUGAAUCAUGUUUAAUAAAAGAUUAUUUAAUUCGUUCAAAUUGUGACCAAUUAUUAAAACAUUCAUUUAUUCGAGAUUGUCAAGAAAAACAAAUUAAACUUCAAAUAAAAGAAUAUUUAGAUAAAACAAGAAAAUUUCGUCGAUCAUCAAAUCAUUCUCAUCAAUUGAUUAAAGAUGAUCUUCAACAACAUCAACCACAACAACAACAACAACCAGCACCCCCACUUCAACAACAAAUAUCAAAAAAAUCAGAUGAUGAAGAUGAUGAUAAUGAUGAUAAUGAUGAUGAUGAUGAUGACGAUGAUGAUAAUAAUAAUUUAAGAAAUAAUUUAAAUAAUAUUGAAGAUAAUGAAAAUGAAUUAUUAAAUCAACAACAUUUAACACAAAAAGAAAAUAAUUUAAAUACUUUAAGACAAAAUUUUAAAUCUGUUCAACAUACAGAUCGAAAUGAUAAUUUAGAAGAAUAUAUUCCUCGUUCAACAUUUCCAUCUAAUCCUGGUCCACCCAUUGCACUUCCAAGAAAAGCAGAUGAUUUAGUUGCUGUUGUUGAAAAAUUAAAUGAAUUAGCUCGAAAUGAUUCCGAUUUCGAUGAUGAAACAGAUAUUGAUGAUUCAUUAAAAGAAAUUAAUUGUACACAAGAUGAAUUUAUUAAUAUUAAUUCACAACAAAAAAGAACUUUACCUGAUCUUUUAUCAAAUCAAUCAAUUCAUUUACUUGAUCAAACACAAUCACAUGAAUAUCGACAAGCUGU